CCAAUGAGUGAGUCGAAACGUUGUCGCAAAUGAAACGUUAGAAAAAUGGAGUACAAGAAGAAGGAUUUAAUAGGACGAGGUGCAUACGGUUCGGUGUUUGGUGGUACAUUUAAAGGCCAAAAAGUAGCAGUUAAACGGAUUGAGCUGAUUGAUGAAACAGUUCACCCAGUUGACAACGAGCUGAAAGUUCUUCAACAAUUGGACCACCCGAAUGUUAUCAAAUUACUUCAUUUCAAAAGCGAUGAAAAUUUCAAAUACUAUGUUUUGGAAUUUUGCGACGCAUCAUUGGAUAAGCUGUUCUUAAAACCGGACGAUCCUAGGAAAUACAAAGGACCUAUACCACUCCCUAUCGAAAUGUUCCUCCAUUUAGCUUCAGGACUUGCCUAUAUCCAUUCGCGGGGUUUAACUCACCGAGAUAUAAAACCGGAAAACAUUCUGAUUUCUGUGAAAAUAACUGAUCAAGGCGAACAGGCAACGAUGAAGUGGGGUGAUUUUGGGCUGUGCCGACCCGUGAAUGAACGAGGAACAUACACAAUGAGUGGAAUCAAAGGAACUCGAUCUUGGUUUGCGCCCGAGCUGUACGAAAUUCUGGAUAACAAUGUUUUGGACGGAAAACGUGGAACAGUCAAUAGCGAUGUCUUCGCAGAAGGGCUCGUCUUCGGUUACAUACUCUUGAAUGGAAACCAUCUCUACGGUGCCGAGGAAGAAAUUAUGACAAACAUCAGACAGAAUAUACCGAUUUAUAUGGAUAAGAUUCAUAAUUUGCAUUGGGCACGCAGUUUGUUAACAAAAAUGUUGGCCACUAAACCUACUGAGAGGAUCGCAUCACGAGAAGUCGUUACUGAACUUCAAUCCAUUCAAACGAAACUUGGAUGGAGUGCUCUACAUUGGGUGUGUGCAAACAACUCAAACUCAAACUUAAUAAAGGAACUUGAGUUGUUGAUAAAACGCGGAAUCGACACAAACGCAAAGAGCAACGAAGGACUUAGCGCGUUGCACGUCUUGUGCACAUACAAUUCCAGUCCUUAUUUAACAGAUGCAAUCGAAUUCUUAAUCAAAAACGGAUUGGAUGGAAACGCAAAAGACAACAACGGCUUUAACGUACUCCACACUUUAUGUGCAUUCAAUUCAAGUUCAAAUAUAAUGGAUCAAUUCGAAAAAUUAAUCCAACUCGGAACUGACGUGAAAGCAAAGAGCGGUGAAUUCGGAGCAAACGCCCUCCAUUUCCUCUGUGCUUACAAUUCAUCAUCAAAUUUAAUUGGCGUAAUCAAACGUUUACUUAAAGAGGGAGUUGAUAUAAAUACAGCUGACGACAUCGGACGAAACGCACUCCAUUACAUGUGUGAGAACAAUUCAAGCACAAAUUUAAUUGAAAACAUCGAACUUUUGAUCCACCUUGGGAUUGAUAUCCACGCAAAGGACAAAAACGAAAGAAAUGCGAUUCAUUUCCUGUGCAAAGGUAAUUCAUCGUCAAAUUUAUUUGGCGAAACGGAAAAGUUAAACCAACUUGAUGUCGACAAGAAGGAAAAAAUCAUCGGCUUAAACGCACUACCAUUCCUCGGCAAAACCAAUUCAUCCUUAAAUUUAUUUGGCGCAAUGGAAACGUUAAUUCAAUUCGGAAACGACAUGAACGCUAUGGGUAGCGGUGGGCUUACCGCAUUCGAUUUCCUCCGCGUACACCUUUCGUACACUAAUUUCAUUGGCACAAUCGAGCGUUUACUUCAAGGAGGACUAGAUGUGAACACAGGAGACAACGAUGGACGAAAUGCACUCCAUUAUUUGUGCGCAUACAAUUCAAGUCCUUAUUUGACCGAUGCAAUCGAGUUCUUAACCAAAAACGGAAAUGAUGUUAAUGCAAUAGAUAAAAACCGAUUUAACGUACUCCACACUUUGUGUGCAAACAACUCAAGCUUAAAGUUAAUAGACGCAAUCGACAAGUUAAUCCAACUAGGAAUCGACGUAAAUGCAAAGACUGACAACGGAGCAAACGCACUCCAUUUCCUGUGCGCAAUAAAUUCAUCCACAAAUUUAAUUAACGGAAUCGAAAAGUUAAUCCAACUCGGAAUCGACGUGAACGCAAAGGAUGACAACGGAGCAAACGCACUCCAUUUCCUGUGCGCAAACAAUUCAUCCUCAAAUUUAAUUGAUGGAAUGGAAAAGUUGAUCCAACUCGGAAUCGACGUAAACGCGAGGCGCGACGAUGGAGCAAACGCACUCCAUGUUCUUUGCAAGGAAAAUGCAAGCACAAAUUUAAUUGAAGCCAUCAAACUGUUGAUUCACCUUGGAGUUGAUAUCCAUGCAAAGAACAAAAACGGAUGGAAAGCGCUCAAUUUACUUUGUAGAUAUAAUCCCAGUGAAAACCUAUUCGACGCGGUCAAAUAUUUAACUGAACUAGGAAUUGAGAUUAAAUCCGACGGUUACGACGCGAAGGAUCUCUUACGCAAAAAUUACAAAAAAGAUAACUUGGAGGAAAUCAUGAAACUAUUUGACAAACUAGACCUUGCUAGCAAUUAAUCAACAAAAACGAUAUUGAUUGCAGCAGGUGUGAACCUAAGGCCACGGAACGUAACAACAUCCAAUGAAAUGCUGUGGUCACAAUCGUUUGCUAUGGAAAUUAUUAUAUAAACAUGAUUGACAAGUUAGUCCAAUACACUGUA